AUGGCUCUUGGAGAUGAUUUAGUUACCGUGAUUGAUGUAUACUGUAUCGGCAAUGUAACCAAAAAACAAGAUGUAACAUUUCUAAAUAAUGUAACGGAAGCUGCAUUCGUAUGUAAUGAUGAAGAAGAAGAGAUUCUUGAUAACAAGAUACUGGGAUACUGUAUGAUAGUAUCUGUGUUAUUUUUAAUUCCAACAGGACUUAUUUACACUGCAUUACCCGAGCUCAGGGAUGUACAAGGCAAGAGCAUUAUAAAUUUCUGCAUAAGUUUAGCUAUUGGUCAGGGAAUACUUGUCAUUUUGAAGUUAGCAGAGUACUCCGACAUGGAUCUGUGUGCAACUCGAGGGUUUUUGACAUACUUUUUUAUAAUCGCUGCAUUCUUCUGGACAAAUGCUAUUUCAAUACAGGUGCUGUUAAAUACAAGACGGCCGGCAACAUUGGACUACAGCUGGCAUGAAUUCAAAUGGUAUUUUUUAUACUCUUGGGGAAGUCCUACUCUUCUCACCGUGUGUAUGGCGAUAGUGAACUUCCACCCUGGUAAACACCAGAAACCUGGUAUUGGUCUUAACCACUGUUGGUUCAUUAAUAAAAGUCAACAAUGGUAUUACAUGUACAGUGUGAUGUCGCUGUUAUUGGCUGCUAACAUCUCUAUUUUCAUUUAUGUAUCGCUAGUUAUAUGGCGUCUCUCUUUCUCCUCGAGUCAUCUGAAGACAUUGAAAUACAAAUUUGUAAUGAGCGUUCGACUAAUUUUAUUGAUGGGUUUACCGUGGGUGUUCGAAAUGGUCGGAUCUCUGCUCGAGAAACAUAUUAUUUGGUCAAUCAUCGACGUGUUCAACAGCUUGCAAGGGCUUUUAAUAUUUUUACUGCUAGUUGUUUUUCGUAAACGUGUGAUAAAAGUGAUGUAUAAACACGGCUGGCUGGAUUGCAUAUCGGGAUUCGUCGAAAAGCACCUGGCUCUUGAGGAUGAUGAAGAAAAUGUUGUGCAGCACACUGACGUACCGAUGUCAAUGGGCAACAGAAAUGUUAUGUAG